GGCGCUCGGAAGUGUUGGUCGUGCGAGCUUGUCUGUCCGUAGUCAGCUGCACCCUGCAUUCACCGGCAAUAUUCUAACUGCUUAGUCUUAUUAUUUAAAGUUACCACCCCAACAACAAGGAGUGAAUAGACUCGAGUUGCUUAUAUAAUUUUCAGUAUCUGACUUAGAUGGUUGCCUCUCAGGGUACGAGUGACAAGUGUUAAAACGCGAGAAAAUAACUUGCAGUUACUAAAUAAGUCAGUGGAGGUGCAUUCUGUGCCAGGAGUGGCAGUGAUAGUGCCUCAGAGCCAUUGACCCUUUAUCACGAUCUAUUUAACCAGAAAUACUGAUAAUUCCGCAUAAAUUGAUGAGUAACUGCAGCCUCUGAAGUCGGCUCCCGAGGUACUUUGAAUUAUCUUUCACAUCAAAGACUUCUUAGUCGCAGCGUCGAAGAAUUGAAUGACAGAGCGAUCUAGAAAAUCAACAGCCGUCAGGAUGUUCAGAUCCGUCGACACAGUUUAUCCUGAAAACAGCACCAGCUUGAUGCCCCCACGGCAGCACAGCAGCAACAGCAACACCUUUUCUUCGCAAUCCGUCCUCAAAACCGUCCAGAAAUUUGUGACAUCCGUCAAUGCCAUGAACGAAACAGUCAUGGUCCCUUGCCGGCUGCUUGACAUGGACUUCAGUGCCAUGAAGGACAAAACCGUGCCGGAAUUGCUGAAAAACUCCAACGAUCCCUACGCUGUGUACUGCUUGUUGAAUACUACCAAGAAUGAUCUCAUGUACGGGCCAUCAACAGAGGACGACGACGAAGUCACUCCGCAACACGAUUCAACCUCAGACAGAUGGUCCAGUCCCUGCGAUUCUUCUGGAAGUGAAACAAAUUCAGUCGUCCAAAAUUCUGCAUAUAAUACUCAGCAUAAUGGCAAUAGCUCGAACACUGUUAACAACAACGUCUCACCAGCCAGUCGGAACUCGCACGCUCCUAACAAAUCAGCUCCUGCUCGGAGACAGAGCACAUUGUCCAUGAUCUCAGUCGCCUCGUCUAGCAGCGAAUGCAGUUCAGAGUGCGACUUGGCAGAAACCUCAACGGAGAGCGCUGAAGAUGCCAGUGCAGGGUUAGGUUCAGAGGUACAGUCGUCUGCUCCUGAAACGGUGAUCCAAGUCUCAGCUCAACUUCGCGAUCAUUUGAUAGGAUUACAAAACUGCCUUACGCAGCUCAGCGAAACUGCAAAUUUCAUUUCGGAUUGCUAUCAAGAAGAGCUUGUCAAGUAAAUAUGUAGCAAUUAUUGAAGUCAACGACUCGCAUGAAGUCCAUAAGUCGUGUUAUUCGCGUACUCGUACACUCUUAGAUUACUAAACUUGUCACAUGUACAGUCUUGUGAGGUUAAGGUUAGUGAUUGCGGCAUCUUCUAAUUGCUGUCACUCGAUGCAACGAAGCAGAACGAUUUUUUUCAGUUUUAGAUGCGGAAUGGAAGCUACUUCAGUAAAACAAAUGAGACAUUUUUCAACUAUAAUACGAGAUGCACCAAUUUAAAUUACGUUCUUUCACAUUAAACCUGGCAUGCUGCAUAAAAAUUACGAAAUUACUGGCAUAUUUUCGUAUCGAGAAAUGAUGGAUUUUUUAAAAAUAUUACAAAACGAGUUGCUUUGCUUUGUUUGAUCUGUUAUUUUGAAUUAUACGUAUAAUAACGUGAUGGGUGAAAGCCGGAUUGUGAUUGGUCGUGAUCAGGAAUAUUUUGGUAUAAAAUAAUUAAUGUAUGCGAUGAUUUAGGAAUUUUUGUAAUAUAACUAUACAAUCUAAUUCGACGAGAGCUGUGAUGGCGAGUGAUUCUGCAUGACCUUUAAAUCAGUAAUUGGCAUACCUUCCUUAAUUGUUAUUACGGUAAGUCUAUUUAUUUGCAGUCAUUGAAUGAUUUUUUAGGAUUAAUAUUAGAUACAUUCGCUUCGUAAGAAAAUAUGAGCUCAAAUUUCAUCUCUGAUCAACAUUGCUGUUAAACUGAAGUGGUUGUUUUAAAAUAUCCCAUGCCUUUGUUGAAGUUGUUGCAUCGGUGCAAAAAAUGUUGCUCUGUUGACAGGGACAAGUAACGUCUCGUCAAUAACGAGUUGGAUUUAUUCACGUAAUCUGUGAUGCUAUGUCCCUAUAAUAUUUUUGGCGUUUGCUGAUCACGACCAUUGUUGGCGAUGCGAAUGUAGUAGUUCAUUUGUCAAGGUCCUAUCAAUAAUUUCCAGAUCACCAACAUAAUUACCAACCAUUUCCUAUGGUACUUUCUAAUGGGGCUGGCAGCACCCGGUGUAGCUAAUUCGGGGUAGCAAUUCCAUACGUAAACACUUUAAAUUGGACAUUUAAAUUUAAAUGAAAUUUAGAUGUCACAAAUACUAGAAAGAUAGCCCACAAAUAUUGAAUAAAAGCGAUGAAUUAUCAUCAUGAGCAAAACUAAAGCUAAUUAGCUUGAACUCAUAAUUAACGGAAAGUCCAGCCGUCGUGCCACGGGCCUUUUGACAGUUUCGUUUCUAAGAAUAAUUGUCAACGUCCUAAGUUUAACUACCAGAUUAAUUUCAUAAGAUUUACAGCCUAGUUGUUGAUACAAAUGACCCCCUCAUUCUUAAGGUUUCAUUACGUUUGGUCACUCAAAUUUUUGUUGCGUAUAGUUUAUAUUAUUUUAACAGAUUCCUUAUAUAUCGAUAAAGACUGAAAGCCAAAUACAACUCGUAUCUUAUUUAUUUUUCUUACAUGGUUUUGUUUUUGCUUGGAAUUACUGUAUUGGUAUUCAGAAUAUAUAACGGGUUUCACGGCGUAUACUGGUUUAUUCGUGAAUGUGGUGUAGUUUCUUUCUAUAUUAGGUUACGAGCUUCUUUGUAUGGUCGGCUUCUAUAACAUGGAGUUGGAGAGUAAUGGUCAACCGUCAAUCUCAUAAAUCUCCACUGUAGAUACUACACUUUCUUUGCCGCUCGUCAGUAUAAGAACCACAUAAUACUGGUCAGAAUCAGAAUUUGAAGUUUUGAUUGCCACGUAAUAACUAAGAAACUUUUUCGAUCGCGCUAGAAAGUUUUGGCUCAGUUGUGUUAACAAAAUUGAUACUGGUAGUUUCUUUUGAGGGGCGGCGGCGACAUGAGUGUUGUGGUGAAGAUAGUGGCUCUGACGGCAGCUGAAGUACGUAUUUCUUACUCCCAUAACACUUGAUGUUCAUGAUAACUAUGAUAUUCACGUUUCGUAAGUUUGUCUUUUAAUAGUUAAAUGGGGGAUUUGAGAUCAUUGGUCUGCUUGUUCUGUUUUGUUAGUUUUCAAAUGAAAAAUGUUAGUUUUCCUAGACAUUAGGAAAUCGCUAAAAAUUACCUCUUGAUAGCUUGCGCAUAGUAUACUACAUGGGAAUGUUACAUGUGAAAUCCGAUAUCUGAAUCCUAUGCCUCAGAGUAUCAGUGACAAGACAUUUCACUCCGCUACUCGUUACAUCGUCUACAACCUCUGCACUAUAAGUUAGCCUAUAUCGUUAAUAACAUUCACUCCAGAAUUAGUCAUAUAAAUGAUAACCUUCAAUCUUCUACUAGUUAUAUCAUUUAUAACCUCCACUCCAGUAGUUAUAUCAAUGAUAACCUUCACGCCACUCCACUACUACUUAUUUCAUUGAUAACCUAAUAUUCCGUUAUGGUUGAUUGGACUCAGGAGGGGUAAUAUAUAAACUGGUACACAUACAUUAGAUCGAAAACCCUGAAACUAUGCUUUCCUUGUUUAAUUCAAGUUAAAUUUUUGAAAUGAAAAGUUAGUAUAUACUGGAUCUGCCUGACCCGAGCACAAAAAAACGCUGAUUUAAACGCUGCCUCCUGCUCAAACUUCCUGUACACAGCAAGCGAAUUGCCGACGGUAACGGUGUUGACGCGAUGCAAGAUCCGACUCCAAAAAAACUAUAGUGAACCUCGUAGUCUUUCCUGGAAGGGUGCGAGGAGGAUUAUGCUUGGCCGUUCCAAGGAAAUUGUAAUCGCUUCCUAGCUGCGCGGCCUUCCAGCUGUUGUGACACGACGAUCUGAAUAUAUUGAUAGGAAACUGCUACAAUAUUCAGAAUAUUUGAUUAUUCUAAGAAAACUAAAUUUGUUUCUUAAAUAGGAGCAAUAGCUAUCACUCGAUGGGUAUGGGUAUAACACUACAUUUUUUAUCAAUCACGAUGUAAACUAUAACGCAAAUGUAUAUUACUUGUUUUACAAUGUGUCUAGUUGUUCACAUCUCGAAGUGUCCAGAUUCUUAUUUAGUCUUGUUUCUGUGAUCGACACGAUGAAUUGUGUCAAAAUCCAAGACAUGCAACAACGAACACCUCCAAACAAACUGAUAAGUUUAGUAUAUAUGUAAUUAUAGAAUGAGUUCCAGAUUGAAAUUAAUAUUUUUAGGCUGAAUGCAACAUUUAAGUUACGAGAGGUGAAAUAAAAGUGUGCUGUGUGCAGUCAUACAUCGCAUCAGUUAUGUAGUUUGUGAACAAUGUCUAUAUUUUUACAAUUGGAUAAUAAAUUGUUACAUAUAUGUACCGUGUUAAAA